CUAACGAAGAAAAAAAAAAUUAAAAAGCAGAUUUUUAGCAAAUCUAGAUUAUUUGAGGGCAUAAUUUUAGGAUUUUGUUAGCUGUGAUGCUAAAUCAACCUUUUUAUGAACUACCCACAACUCCGUGAAGUUUGUAACCGCCAUAUAACCAACCGUUAGAAACUGAAGCUGAAACUGAAAGUAAUAAUUUUCAAACUUUCUUAGGCAACAACAGAACGAAACACUGAAAUUUUUUUCAUUAAUGGCUUCCAUUUCUGCAACUCUCAGCCUCUUCCUCAUCACCAUUUCAACGUCACUCUAUAUAACACUCUCUCCAUCAGUAAUAGAAGACCUAAAGAACUUAACCCCGCCUCCAGAUUUCAACUCCACCAUCCAAACCAACUGUUUCAAAACCCCAUCUCUCAGAUACUGCAACUCCUCUCCUAUGGACUUUGAUGAGAUUUUCAAGUCCACCAUUGUUGCAAGCCAUCUCUGCAAUGAAUCCAAGAACCCCAACUGUGUCGAAACCUUCCCCAAAAUAGACCUUCGAAACCGCCCGUUGCUUGCUCCACUUUACUUGUCAUUCUCCUUCUUCUGGAAGUACUGCCCUCUAAGCAUCCUUUCCAUUGAUAUGUCCAACAGUUCUUUGAAGGGUAACUUCCCAGUAGAUGUUCUCCAUUGCACCCAAAUCCAAGUUCUCGAUUUGAGCCUCAAUGAGCUUUCUGGAGAUGUUGACAUAGUGAGCUUCUCUACCCUUACAAACCUCACAGUUCUUAAUCUUUCAUGUAAUCAAUUCGCGGAGAGUAGAAUCUCCGAUUCUCAGUUCUUCAAGAGGUUUAAUUCUUCUAGCUUUAUUCAUUCAGGUCUUCUCCCUGAUCACAAGAAGUUCAAGAUCAAAUUUGUGAUCUUCUUGGUUGGUUUUCCAAUUUUCGUGAUCCUGAUGGUGGGAUGCUUCGGAUGGCUAUGUCUUCACAGGCCUGAUUUCCUACCAAGAAUACUUCAGACAAAACACAGGUUUACACCAUCAAUUCUUAAAGCAGCGACCAAUGGAUUUUCCAAAAAGAAUUUGGUGUUGAAGAGUGAGGCAGUUGAUAUAUACAAAGGAACUCUAAGAGAUGGCACUGAAGUCAGGAUUGAGAUAUAUCGAGAUGACAUUUCGAGAGACGACUGCAGGAAAUUCGUCGAAGAAUGCAAGGUUCUUGUUCAAUUAUGCCACAAGAACCUAGUUCAAGUACUGGGUUGGUGCAAUAACAGAAGAUUGAGAGCCAUUGUUACUGAAUGGGUGGAGGGGAAGAAUGUUGAGAUGUGGCUGGCAGUGUCAAAUCCGCCGUGGAAGCACAGGUUGAGACUCUUGAUGGAAGUUGUGGAAGGUGUGUGCUAUUUAGAAGAGAGAUGGCCAGAAGUUGGGUAUGAUCUCAGGACGAACAGUGUCUUAUUGUCCAAUGAUCUAGAGCCAUUGAUUUCAAGGUUUAAAGUUGGAGAUCAAAACAGUAGCUCAAGAAGGAUCUGCAAGUUUGGAGUAUUCCUGCUAGAGAUAAUAGCAAACAGGAGGCCACAGGACGAGUUCAAAACUGGUGAGGCCGGUUUUGUCGAGUAUAUAAGAAUGCAUUAUCCUGGAAAUUUGCAGAAGGUGAUGGAUGAGAAAAUGAAACUAACCGAGAUUACAUUUGAUCAAGCAAAACAGGCACUUGGACUAGGAUUAAUGUGCACUGAUAAUUCAAGAAAUCGACAAUUGUGCUUUGGUCAGAUUUUCAACAUCAUUAGUAGUGUCUAUGAUUCUUUACCAUCUCAUGAUCAUAAAGGAUCAAAUACAGAUAGAGGCAAAGGACACAAGAGGGUAAGAUGAACCUUUCAAAUUAUAGAAUGGGCAGCAUCAACUUAACUGAUCAUUAUUAUUUCUCUCCAUUCCCCAUGAUUUUCAUUUCUCUUCUUUUUCUAUCUGGAUUCAAAGUUUUCAUUAGAUUAUCUUCAUAUUUCCAUGCCAAAAAAAAAGGGGGGGAAAUUUUGAAACCUUAUGUAGGCAAAAGUUAUGACCAUUGAAUCUACUUGGUUCUAUGUUGAUUAAGAACUUAAAAGAGUUCUUUACGGGUGUACAUUGCACAAUAUAUCAAUAAAUGGGAUAAUUCUGCUCUAAUAUAUCUGAAAAAGGAAAAUAGCGAAGACAACAUAUAGCUGGAAGGCUCAUCAUGCUCUGGUCACAAGAACAAUAGUUUACUUUUAUCGGUUCAUAAACGUUGAGAAGAUGUGCUACAGAAAUAACAUGAUACCUUAUAUUUACAACAAAAAAAAUAAUAAUAUCAGAAUCGACUAAAAUUCUACUUUUUUUUUUUUUUUUUCCCCUUCUACAA